UGUGAAAAGAACCAGAAGAGGUAUCUUCAAUAUGCCGACGCGCUAUGUAAACCUAGCUUUGACCUUACCAUAACCAGCUCUCUCGCGUUGGCAUACGAUUCCAUCAGAAUCAACCGUCCUCUUCCUCUUCCUCCUCCUGCCCGGAUACAUAGGUACGACGAAAGUACUAAACGAAUAAAAUACAAAUGACUCAACCCGUAAAACCGGACGAAACGCGGCCUGCGACGCCAGCUACGACAGCACAAGUACAACAAGCUCCCCAACCCCCUCCGACGACAUACAGUACAUGGACAUCCCUAUCGAUCCAGCUCUGCAAGCCCAACCCGCACCAGGCGCAACACCAAUAACACCAACCGCAACCCAAGCCGGGCAAACAACCCCAGCCCCAGUGUACCAAUAUACCCCAUACGGAUAUUACCAAAGCUACCAAAAUCAGUUUUCUAGCGUUCCCGGGGUGGGGACAUCUGCAACAGGCGCGACGACUCCAACGCCGGUUGUGGCUCAUAAUAACAGUACUUAUACGCCUGCGCCUGCAAAUGGGAUAGAUACGUCGGAUAUUAAUACGCUCAGGGAUGCUUUGGGCAGUACAGGUGUUGAUUUACGAGCAGAAGAAGAAUCCCUGCAACGAACCUCAGACAGUCACCUAACCUACCGCUCCUACGAAGACCGUACGCGAAAACAACCGUCAAAACCCAAUUUCAACACGAUCUAUCUCUCAAGCACUAUCCACCAAAUAACCUCUGCGCAUAAAUUGUCUAAUCCCAAUCCAUCCGCAGAUACCGUGAAUUAUCUCGCCUUGGCUCUACGCGCUAGACUACAAGAUCUAAUAACUGCCAUGAUAACUGCCGCUCGACAUAGGACCGACACACAAUUCGACAAUGCACCAUCAUUGUAUGAGGACGGUUCGCCGAUGUGGAGUAUCCUUGUUAGAUCAGACGUCGCCAAACAGAUUGCGGCGUUGGAAAAGGUGGAGAGAGAGGAAGAGACAAAGAUCAGAAGAGAAAGGAAGGAACGUGCGGAUAUGGCUGCGGCACAAGCUGCGGCGCUCGCUGCUCAGAGUGCGAGUGCGAUGAACGGCGGCGCUGGUGGGUCUGGUGGGGGAGAUGACGAUCUAGAUGGGUUCGGCGGUGGCGGAGGAGGAAAGAAGAAGAGAAAGAAAGACGGACCGGGGGUUACAGCGAAGAAUAUGUCUGUGGAUGUACAGAAGAAGAUGUCGAAUGCGGCGGCUAGUCAUGCUGCCGGAUUGGCGGGGCGGUAUUCGUGGAUGACGGCAGGUGCAUCGUCGACGGGUUCGUCUACUCCUAAGAAAACUGUCGUUGCUGCUGCUCCUGCUGCUGCUACUACCACUACUACUACACCCGGCGCUUUGUCAUCAUCGUUGACUGGAGCAGGAGCCAGUGCAGCGAGUACAACAGCUACUCUCAGUACACCUAGUGCCGGAGGUAAUAGCAGUGGAUGGGCCAGACCAUAUGUCUCCGCGAAAAAGACAACAGAAACGAAUACGACGCAGGAAAUUGUAGAAGGGGAUACAAGGACUGCUAUCACCAUGCGAGAUGCGAUGUUUGUUAUCGAAAAAGAGAGAGGUCAUGGUGGGGGCAGAGGAGCUGCGAAGGGGUGGACUUGAAAUAUAUUAUAUUUAUUGUUCAUCUGUCUGUAAUCGAUUCAACUUGCAAUCACCCUCCUCUACCCUCCAGAAACCGGACAAAUCACCGCAACCUCUACCCCAUCCCCCAAUUCCACUUUUGUCAAAUCUUCAUAAUCGUCAACCAUCUCAGCAUCAACACUCCAUUGGCUCGAGUCAAGUACUUUUCUAAGGGCUUCUCCGAUUUCCUUUCCUCCCCCUCCUCUUCCUUUCUUUCCACUCCCAUCGUCUUUACUCGGAUUAUCUCGUGAAUGUCUCUCAACCAACAAAUCCUUCAACUGAGAAAGGUAGAACCCCUUCUCUGGAAUUGGUAUUUUUUCUUCAGUUAUCCCUAGGGUGGUAGAUGCAGCAGCGAAAUAUAGAACUGUUAUAUGCGCUGUAGAGGUCGAA